UUUUGAAGCUGAAAAAUGUAUUGCUUGUGUGAUUUAGUUGUAUGUGUAUUUUACACCGAUGGAUUGAGAAAUUUUCUUUUUUUUUUAAUAGCAUAUGAUGACUCAAAACAAUCCAAAAACAUACUAUGUACCACAGGAAAACUAUUUGAGCAGAAUGAAGUUGUUAAACAGGCAUGUCAGUUUAAUCUCACUAAGCUUGGACCGUGUUCUGGAGUAGAAGAUGACACUUUUGGCUAUGCUCAAGGAAUUCCAUGUGUGCUUGUGAAAAUGAAUAGAAUAAUUGGAUUAAAGCCUGAAGGAGAACCAUACAUAUCUUGUACAUCUAAGGAAGAAGGCAUGGUUCAGAUAACUUCUUUUCCUCCUGGGGGAAUGAUUGAUUUAAUGUAUUUUCCAUACUAUGGGAAAUAUUUACACGCUAACUAUCUACAGCCACUAGUGGCGGUUCAACUAGCAUUUAACUCCAGCAGUACCAAAGAAGCAACAAUUGAGUGUAAGAUUAUGGGAUCUCCCAAUUUAAGAAAUGAAGAUGACCGUGACAAGUUUCUUGGACGAGUUUCCUUCAAAGUUCAGAUGUCUGAAUAGCAUGAGUCAGUCUCCAGAAACUAAACGUCGUGUUGUCUGUUCUUUUUGUUAUCAGCUGGACAUGCCAUUCCAGGAUAAGACCACCUUGGAUAAUGUGGCAUAUGGCAUUCAGGGUAGCAUAAUAGUGUGCUUCCAAAUCAUGUUAAAAUCCCUCAAAAUAACUGCCUGUCAAGCUUCUGCCUGCCCCAUUGGACCAGUGUUCAGACCAUAGUUAUGUGAUAUUAGGGACCUGUAAAUAGUUGAUUCCAAACCUGUAAUAACGGAGGUUUUUGUCUGUUCUAAAAUGUGGUUUUAUCCCUCAAGUGAAUGUCUUAUGCAUAAUGUGCUGUGCUUUGUAAAUACUGUAUUGAUUUUACACUGGUUUGACUGUCAUAUCUCAAUGCUGACACAGUUUUAGGGAUUAUAUCAGAAUAAAUGAUACCUGACCAACAUAGUUAUUUAAAAAAAAAAACAACUCUGCAAGAACUGUUUGUGUGAAGACGCCUUAAGUCCUGUAUUGGGUUGGGAGGGACUAAAUAAAAUAGAUUUUAAAAGUGU